AUCGCGCAAAAGCGUGAAACGUAACGGCCAAAUUUAAUAAAGAAAGUGACUCAUUUUUUCGAAGAGGAGAGAGAGAAAGUGUCUCGUACGAACCUCGACUCUCGAUAGUCUUACUUCGCUCAUGAACGAAAGUGGAUCGAGCAACUGAGCAAUAUUCAAGAAGAAAUGAAUGUGGUAUGAUAACAAUUAAGAGGUCGUCUUUAUUUUAUAGAUAUAUACGUGUACCAUGAAACAUAAACUAUCUUUUUGCUUACUUUCCAUGUUAUUCUUUCAAUUAUGUAUUAUGGAAAUUCCAGAUAAUUUAUAUUCGGUAUCCGCUAUAAAUUCACUUAACGUUUCAAUGAUUGAACCAUUAGGAAUAUGGGGUGAAAUUCUAGAAAACUGGACUAUUUCCGAUUCAAAAAUAACCAGAAUGUCGAAAGUGAUGAAAUUGGGAGAUAAAAGCUUAACCGUUACAAGCAAAAUAUCGAUGCCAAACAAACGAGAAGUCUCUGAAACAGAUCUCUAUUUACUUGGUGCGAUAGAGAAACUUGUCUACAGAGUAGAUUUUUUAGAAAAUCGUCUUAAAAGAGCAGAAGAACUUCUGUAUUAUGUAAUUUCUGGAAAUAUCAACAAAAAAGAAUCCUGUCCCAGUAAUUAUUCCAAAAUCGGCCAGAAUUGCUAUCACUUUAGCAAUCGUGAAUUCGAUUGGAAGUCGUCAGCAAGUCUUUGUCGAGGAAUGGGCGGCCAAUUAUUAGAAUUUGAUACUAAUAAUGAAAAACACGACGUAAUAGUUAAUUUACAAACGAAUUCUAAAUUAAAAGGUAAAACCUUUUGGACAGGAGGAUUAAAUCCAGGUCUUCUUUGGAUCUGGGCUAGUAGUGCAAAACCAGUUUAUCAAAAUACUAAAUACACUGUUCCUGGUGAUGGCAGAUGUUUAAAAUUAUCUUACAAUUCUACAUCUAGAUUGUACUCUUAUCAAAGUGAUGAUUGUGGCGCAAGACACAAAUAUGCUUGUAAAUUGACAAAAGAUGAUGAUUCAGCAAAAAAAAUUGAGAAAACUGCAAAAAUGUUGAACGAAUAGCAUUAAAUGUAAUAACUAAUAUCUAAUAACGUUUAAUAAUUCAUUGUAUUUAUUGCAUAUAUAUUUAUUUGAUU